GUAUUUCGAAGGGGACCGUAGUGAUAUUCAGCAAUGAGCCCCGAGGUCCUGAAGAGUGAACCGUACGGGGAGAAGGCUGACGUCUGGGCGGCAGGCUGCAUCCUCUAUCAGAUGGCGACUCUGAGUCUUCCCUUCUUCAGCACCAACAUGCUCUCCUUAGCUACAAAAAUAGUGGAGGCGGUAUAUGAACCAGUGCCAGAAGGUAUCUACUCUGAAAAAGUGACAGACACCAUCCGCAGGUGCCUCACUCCUGAUGCGGAAGCCCGUCCAGAUAUUGUAGAAGUUAGUUCAAUGAUUUCAGAUAUCAUGAUGAAAUAUUUGGACAACUUAUCUACAUCCCAGCUGGCCUUAGAGAAGAAACUGGAACGGGAACGGAGGCGCACACAGAGGUAUUUUAUGGAAGCUAACCGGAACACUGUCACGUGUCACCACCAUGAGCUGGCUCUGCUGUCUCACGAAACCUUUGAGAAGGCAAGUUUGAGUAGCAGCAGCAGUGGUGCGGCCAGCCUGAAAAGUGAGCUUUCAGAGAGUGCAGACCUGCCCCCUGAAGGCUUCCCAACCCCCUGUAAUAAGGAGGAAGACAGAGCCUGUGACGAAAUCCUGUCAGAUGAUGCCUUCAACCUGGAAAAUAUCGAGAAAGAUAUAUAUUCAGAGCUCGAUGAUGAACUGGACAUUUCGGAUAACUCCAGCAGCUUCAGUUCAAGCCCUCUGAAAGAGUCUACAUUCAGCAUUUUAAAGAGAAGUUUUAGUGCUUCAGGAGGUGAAAGGCAAUCCCAAACAAGAGACUUCCCUGGCGGGAUAGGAUCAAGACCAAGACCAGCUUUGCUGCCUCUUGACCUGCUUCUACAAGUGCCACCCCCCAUGCUCAGGGCCCACGUUAAGGAACUAGAGGUCGAGUUAGUGACAGGAUGGCCGUCCCAUAGCCUUCCUGCCGUGAUCCUUCGCAGUCUCAAAGAUCAUGGGCCACAGAUGAGCACAUUCUUGUGGCAAGCGUCUGCAGGAAUUGCUGUGUCCCAGAGGAAAGUCCGUCAGAUCAGUGAUCCUAUUCAGCAGAUACUGAUUCAGCUGCACAAAAUUAUCUACAUCACACAGCUUCCCCCAGCUUUGCACCACAAUUUGAAAAGAAGGGUCAUAGAGAGGUUCAAGAAGUCCCUCUUCAGCCAGCAGAGUAACCCUUGUAAUCUGAAAUCUGAAAUUAAGAAGUUAUCUCAGGGAUCUCCAGAACCGAUUGAGCCCAACUUUUUUACAACAGAUUAUCAUUUAUUACGUCAUUCAUCUGGUGGUAACAGCCUGUCCCCAAACGACCUGACAGGUCUGCCUACAAGUUCUGACUUGAAGGAGGGAAUAACAUAUGAGCAGAUGCAGACUGUGAUUGAAGAAGUCUUAGAGGAAAGUGGUUAUUACAAUUUUACAUCUAACAG